GUCUGGCAGCUGGGCCUAUUUCCGUUAGGAUCCGCGGAGGCGGUGGCUGCGGCAGUGCGGAACCAGCAGUGUCUGCUGAGCUUCUGCGUAGACAUGGCGGCGGCUUUUCGGAAGGCGGCUAAGUCCCGGCAGCGGGAACACCCCGAGCGAAGCCAGCCCGGCUUUAGAAAACAUCUGGGCCUGUUGGAGAAAAAGAAAGAUUACAAACUUCGUGCAGAUGACUACCAUAAAAAACAAGAGUUCCUCAGAGUUCUGCGGAAGAAGGCACUUGAAAAAAAUCCAGAUGAAUUCUACUAUAAAAUGACUCGAGUUAAACUCCAGGAUGGAGUUCAUGUUAUUAAGGAGACCAAGGAAGAGGUAACUCCCGAACAGCUAAAGCUGAUGAGAACUCAGGAUGUCAAAUAUAUAGAAAUGAAAAGGGUCGCAGAAGCUAAGAAAAUUGAAAGACUGAAAUCAGAGCUCCAUCUGCUGGAUUUCAAGGGGAAGCAACCGAAGAAGCAUGUAUUUUUUUUUGACACCAAAAAGGAAGUUGAACAGUUUGAUCUUGCAACUCACCUGCAAACAGCCCCGGAACUAGUGGACAGAGUCUUUAACAGACCCAGGAUAGAGACCUUGCAGAAGGAAAAAGUGAAAGGAGUUACCCCUGGGACUCGACUCAAGCGGCUAGCCAAAGAAAGACAGAAGCAGUAUAACUGCCUGGCACAGCGGAUCGAGCGAGAGAAGAAAUUGUUUGUUAUUGCUCAGAAAAUUCAAACACGCAAAGAUCUUCUGGAUAAAACUCAGAAAGUGAAGGUGAAGAAACAAACAGUGAACUCCCCCGCUAUUUACAAAUUUCAGAGUCGUCGAAAGCGUUGACAUGUUAUAGAUAAGCCUUGUCAUUCUGCAUCAAAAAGAAUUCCUUUUUUUUUUUUAGUAUCUGCACAUUCCAUUAGUCCAGGUGACUUGGUGUUCUGGUUUGUAGCCGUAAUUGACUAUCAGUCUGACAUUUGAGGUCUUUCUGUGAAUAGUAUUAAAGUCCCUUUCCCCACGUGACUCUG